UGAGGGGAGAGACAUUAGUUGGCCCAGAGUUGGGGUUACAUUAAGUGCCAUUAUCUGCUGGGGUUUCUUCUCUGGCCGGGCUGUGAAGACUGCUGAAGGCACCGCUUCCUCCUUUCUCUUCCUGCGAGUGGAGUGCCAGUGCAGGGUUGGGUGAGUGCACGGAGCUGGAAUCUGUUGAGAUUUGCCCAGGUGGGUGUGUCCCCACCCGCCCCAGGAGCAGGUCCUUCCAGCCCAGCCCAGUGCAGAGCAGACAGCGGAAGCCAGCUUGGGGCAGCGGCAGAGCUCAACGGGGAACACAGGUCUCCAGACGACGAAGCCCUGACCCAAGGCACCCUCCCCCUGGCAGCCACCUGCCCUGCAGCCAUCACCCACCUUCUCCAGCCCUACCUCUGCUGGCUUUGGGACUGACUGUCUCCAUGCAGCCUCCAGGCCCUGCCCUGGAGAGGAGGACUGCCUUGUCAGAACCUUGGUGUGCCCCAUGAGGCCCCCGAGGCUAGCUCCCCGGCACACCCUGGCACGAUGUUGGCCAACUUCUCCGCGAACGCUUCCACCAACAGCUCCGAUCCCCCGUGCCCUGACUACCGGGCCACGCACCGGCUGCACAUGGUGGUGUACAGCCUGGUGCUCCUCCUGGGGCUCCCGCUCAACGCGCUGGCCCUCUGGGUCUUCCUGCGCGCGCUGCGCGUGCACUCCGUGGUGAGCGUGUACAUGUGCAACCUGGCGGCCAGCGACCUGCUCUUCACCCUGUCGCUGCCCGUGCGCCUGUCCUACUACGCGCUGCACCACUGGCCCUUCCCGGACCUCCUGUGCCAGACGGCGGGCGCCAUCUUCCAGAUGAACCUGUACGGCAGCUGCAUCUUCCUGACGCUCAUCAAUGUCGACCGCUACGCGGCCGUGGUGCACCCGCUGCGGCUGCGCCACCUGCGGCGGCCCCGCGUGGCGCGGCUGCUGUGCCUGGGCGUGUGGGCGCUCAUCCUGGUGUUCGCCGUGCCCACGAUGCUCGUGCACAAGCCGGCGCCCUGCAGCUACCGCGGCCUCCAGGUGCGCCUGUGCUUCGAGAGUUUCGGCGACAAGCUGUGGAAGAGCCGGCUGCUGCCGCUCGUGCUGCUGGCCGAGGCGCUGGGCUUCCUGCUGCCGCUCGUGGCCGUGCUCUACUCGUCGGGCCGCGUGUUCUGGACCCUGGCGCGGCCCUACGCCACGCAGAGCCGCCGCCGGCGGAAGACGGUGCGCCUCCUGCUGGUCAACCUGGUCAUCUUCCUGCUGUGCUUCGUGCCCUACAACACCACGCUGGCCGUGUACGGGCUGCUGCGGGGCGACCUGGUGGCGGCCAGCCCCGCCGCCCGCGACCAGGUGCGCGGGGUGCUGAUGGUGAUGGUGCUGCUGGCGGGCGCCAACAGCGUGCUCGACCCGCUGGUGUACUACUUCAGCGCCGAGGGCUUCCGCAACACCCUGCGCGGCCUGGGCUCGCCCCUCGGGCCCCGGACCUCGGCCUCCAACGGGGACGGAGGGACGCUCGCCCAGCUGCCCCGGGAGGUCAACCCCACCGGCAGGCCCGCCGCCUCCAGCCAAGGACUGAUCAGUUAUUCCAGUCCCCGGACGCCCAUCCCCGACGAUUCUGUCCUCUAAACGAACACGGGGGGGCCCCAGUUACACCCACCUCCACCCCCUGGCGCACCUCUCGCACUGGAAAAUGUGCAGGAGGGCCGUGGAUCAGACACUUGGAUUUUUCUGGGUGGCAACUCCAACUCACACAUGCAGAAGGAGCCAAGUGUGGGAGCAAGGGGCACGGGGAAGGAAGGUGUGCUGGUGGAAACAAUUAGUGGUGAUGAUGAGCAUGGAAAAGACCCCCCUCCCCAGCCUGUAGGCAGCGGUGGUGCUGGGAGCCUGCCAAGGCAGGGACAGAGGAGUGGGUGAAAUGCCCUUGCAGGGGACUGGAAACACUGCCCAGCACUAGUCGAUGUAGCAGAAAAAUGGAUGUCCUGGUUUUAGACUGGCCUCUGCAGGCUUAGGGCCGUAGGUGCCACCCACAUUUCAUUCCCACCUGGGCUUCCCCCUUCCCGGGCAUUGAGGCAUAAUACAAGCGUUUACUGGAUAAGA